AUGUUCGACGUCGUCCGAGGAACGAAUUUGACCAUGAUCGUCAACAACACAGCGCUCACCGAGUCGACUUCUUCGGCAUUUGGGCGUGGGCCUGGAGAAGAGAACACCUUGUACGUGUCCUGCGGUGGACGUCCCGUUGACAAUGCGACACACCUCGCCGCGUCGGUGCAGAGUUUGAAUAUCUUGUCGGUUCUAAAUACCACUGAUAGUACAGCUUCGAAUAGUUCAGAUGAUAACUCAAUUGGGGGCUCAGAUGGUUCAGACAGUUCAGAUGGACCAGAGUCGUCCUCCGGAAAGUUGCUGGCUCCAACUGUUGCUGGGCAAGCGGCACUGCUGGGCCUCUAUGCUAGUGUGUGA